CAAACAAGUUGUUAUAUUUCCUGGCAAAAGAGUUCGCACUCGCACGGAUCUUCGACACCUGUUUAAACCUCCCGCUCGAGUCCGCUCCUUUCCUCUCCUCCUCGCUCCUUCUCUCCCUCUCGAUCUCUACAGAAAAAGCCUCGGCCAACGAUGGCGGCGCUCUCGACACGAAUCCCGACGGCUCCUCGUCACGGUCGGAUCAAGUCCAAACCCUCGCCGCCGGAUCGAACAACCAUAAAAAAUGUCAGGCCAAGCGUGUCUCGUUCUGAGCGGCGUCGUAUGUUGGCCGUUCUGGCCAGUCUCCGGCAAGACAACAGCGACGGAUCACUAAACGCCGUUGGAAGCAGUGGUAACGAUAAUAACAACAACGCCAUCGAGUUGCGGAGGCAUAUGGAGGACUUCCCCUACGACUUCAGCUCAAGAGACUCGAAUUCGCUUCCAAGACCUUUAACUUCGGCUGAUUUAUCGAAUUCCUUAGCCGACGGGUCUCGUCUUCGGGUCGCUUACCAGGGGGUUCGUGGUGCGUACAGUGAGUCUGCUGCCGAGAAGGCGUACCCCAACUGUGAAGCAGUUCCGUGUGAACAGUUCGAUACGGUUUUCGAAUCUGUUGAACGAUGGCUUGCACACAGAGCAGUUUUACCAAUUGAGAAUUCCCUGGGAGGAAGCAUUCACAGGACUUAUGACCUUUUACUUAGGCACCGCUUGCAUAUAGUUGGGGAAGUGAAACUGGAAAUAAGACACUGUUUACUAGCUAACUAUGGUGUUAACAUUGUAGAUCUGAAGAGGGUCCUAAGCCACCCACAGGCCCUCGCACAGUGUGAGAACACACUAACAAAGUUGGGAAUGGUCAGGGAAGCUGUGGAUGAUACUGCUGGUGCAGCAGAGUUUGUUGCUUUCCACAAACUCAAAGACACAGGAGCAGUUGCUAGCUCUGCUGCUGCAAGGAUCUAUGGUUUGAAUAUACUUGCUGAAGAUAUUCAGGAUGACUCUGAUAAUGUCACCCGAUUUCUAAUGCUUGCAAGAGAACCUAUAAUUCCCAGGACUGAUAGACCAUUCAAGACAAGUAUAGUUUUCUCGCUUGAGGAGGGUCCUGGAAUGCUUUUCAAGGCACUUGCUGUGUUUGCAAUGAGAGAAAUUAACCUAACUAAGAUUGAAAGUCGUCCAUUGCAGAAGCGGGCCUUGCGAGUAUUUGAUGACGGCAAUAACGAGUUUCCAAAGUACUUCCCUUAUUUAUUCUAUGUGGAUUUUGAAGCAUCAACGGCUGACCAAAAUGCCCAAAAUGCCCUUGGGCAUCUAAAGGAGAUGGCUACAUUCUUAAGGGUACUGGGGAGUUAUCCGUCAGACGCUAGCAUGUAGUGAAUGAAUGUUGAAGCUUGAUAGGAUCCCUUAACUCCUGCAACUAUUUUUAUCUUUGUCACAGGCUUUAGUUAUUUGAGUUAAUACUCUAUACUGGAAAUCUUUCAAGUAAUUAUCUGGUUGGCAAUCAUAUGGUUUUUAACUCCUCAUAGAUACUGCUAGUUGCCAAACUUAAUGAACAUGAAAAGCUUCUUGGAAGUUUGCUGUCC